AUGAUCAUGCUGAGAGGUGACAAUGUGUUAGCAGCCCUCGCUCACUCUCGCCACCUCCUCAGCCUCGGCGUCUGCCCUAACGGCGCUCCAGGAGCCUUUCAGCCCACCGCUGCGCUGUGGGGGCCCCUCUCUGGGGCUGGCCAAGGCCAGAGCUGGCUUCCUCUGUUCGUGUGGAGGUGUGGAGGGAGAGGCACAGGCGGGAGCCGGGGCUGCGCGCCGCCCGUGCGGGCAGGCGCGGGUUCCGGGUGGGCAUGGACUGGGCUUGAUGGAGGGACGAGCUCCCUCUGGGCUGCCAGUGUGCCCGGGCUAGCCCUUAGUCUACAGGGGUCCAUACUGGCAGUAGGAGAGAAGGUCUUCUCCACCAAUGGACGGUCCAUCACUUUUGAUGCCAUUCGGAAGGCACGCCCCAAAGCAGGCGGCUGCAUUGCUGUCCCCAGGAGUCCAGAGGAAAACGAGGCCGUUGCAAGCUUCGUGAAGAAGUACAACACGUAUGCCUAUGUGGGCCUGACUGAGGGUCCACGCCCUGGAGACUUCUGCUACUCAGAUGGGACCCCUGUAAACUACACCAACUGGUACCCAGGGAAGCCCGCGGGUCAGGGAACAGAGCAAUGUGUGGAGAUGUACACAGACGGGCGGUGGAAUGACAGGACCUGCCUGUGCAACCGACUGACAAUCUGUGAGUUCUAAGAAGCAUUUAUGCCAUGGGACAGGGAGGAUCCUGUCUGGCCUUCGGUUUCCAUCCCCAGGAUCCACUUGGUCUGUGAGAUGCUGGAACUCCCUUUCAACAGAAUUCACUUGUGGCUAUUAGGGCUGAAGGCAUCUUUAACCCUUUUAUUCCCCUGAUGGGCCCUGACUCUUCCCCAGAAUCACUGGCCAUCCUUGACACUCCCCUUGCAAACCCUCCCAGCACUGUCUCCCAGGCAGCCAUUCCUAGCCUUGGCCUUUGGCAUGAGAUGGAGCCCUCCUUAUUCCCCAUCUGGUCCAGUUCCUUCACUUACAGAUGGCAGCAGUGAGGUCUUGGAGUAGAAGGACCCUUUGACGUCUCACAGAGUGCCUGCCUCCUGAUGCCCUUAGCUCUCCCUCUGCAGCCCACUGCCUGCCCAGUGCCAUCAGGAUGAGCAGUCCUGGCCAAGUAUAAUGACAGAGAGAGGCAGACUUCAAAGAAGCCCUGACUGUACAGAGGUAAGGCUGCAGUGGAGAUUCUCUGGCACUCUGAGGUCUCCAGGGCAGGCCUGGUCAGGUUCUCCAGGUGGUCAGAGGGCCCAGUGGUGCCCCAGCAUGGUGGUGUCCAAGCCAACCCUGUGACUGACAUGUACAAUUCAUUCCUUUGAGUCUUUGGAUGCCAACUCAGCUGCCAACUCAGCCCCCUGACCUGAAGACAGCCGGCCUAGGCCUCUAGGGAAGAGCCCCCCAACUGCAGACGUAAUCCAAGUAACUUUCUGCUGAUGAACGACUCUGUACCCCACU